AUGUUCCUUGCAAAAGCCACUUGGAAAAUAUGCCUAGCUUCCGUAUUGAUCACUCUGUUCUAUCGGCCCGCCAUCUUCCUUUCGGAAGCCCGGCCAAACAUGCUUACCCGGAGACAGGUCACCCAGCCGCCCAAUCCUGGCAGUUCACUCGCACCUGGUAGCAACCUGCCAACGGCCUCUGGAACACCUGCGCCUGGCAUUCUGGGAAGUGCGAAUCCACUGAAUUUAACUGGCGCUGGCGGUGGAAAUCGAGCCUCAACACUUGGUACGACCAACAUUAACACUCCCGAUACCCCGUCCCCAUUUCCGCCGGCGCCUGGCACUACUGGUGGAUACGGGAUCACAACUUAUUCUGGUACAGCUACCACUGGAUCGGGAACAUCUCUUGGUGGCACUGGCACUGGGACUGAGACUUCAUCUAUACCAGCCACCGUCGGCAAUGGAAAUACGAAUAUACCUACAACUGAUGAUUCUGGCGGUUACGGGAUCCCAACUACUUCUGGCGGUACAACUGUUGGAACGGGCACUUCUUAUGGAAUUGGGACCUCUCCUACACCCAGCACCGUCGGCGGCGGAAAUGGGAAUCUAGCCACAACCAAUCCUACCUACGGGGUCCCAACUACAUUUGGCUCCUCGAAUAGUGAAACUGAGACCUUACCUUCAUAUGGUGGGACUAAUUAUAAUACUUCACCAACGACCUAUAAUCCACCGAUAACUUACAAUUCACCGACACCCUACAAUCCACCGACAACUGACAAUCCACUGACCACUUACAAUCCUCCGACAACUUACAAUCCACCGACACCCUACAAUCCACCGGCGACACCCUACAAUCCACCGACAACUGAUAAUCCACCAACCUAUAAUCCACUGACAACAGCAUAUAUUCCACCGACACCCUAUACUCCAUUGACCACAUACACGCCACCGAUACCCAGCACUGUUGGUGGUGGGACUGGAAUGCAGACUUCACCGCAACCUGGCACUGGUGGUAGUGGAACUACUCCAUUUCAAACUGGACUGAACAAUAAUUCACCCGCACCCGGCACUGUUGGUGGCGAGAAUCCAUCGACAUCUGGUACCGUCCCAACUACAUCUGGUACCGUGCCAACUACCUCUGGUACCGUGCCAACUACCUAUGGUACCGUGCCAACUACAUCUAGUACUCCUGCGACUAACUCAAGCACUCCAGCUCCUCCAACCAAAUCUGGCUCCCCUCCGACCAAAUCUGCUUCACCAGAAAUUAAGCCCAAAGAUAAAGGUGGAACUGAGACUAAGCCUAAAGAUAAGGGCAAAACCAAGCCGAAGGCCGCGCCCCCCAAAAAACUGAAAGUGGCCGAAAUUCAAUCUGAACUAGUUAAAUGUGGGUACAGCUACGGGGCUGGUAAAAAUGAUACCAAUCAACCGUCCGGCACAGUCUCUUGUCGGAGUCCUGAGGGUUUGGGCUAUUACUGUCCCGCUUCUAAAUGCACCCAAGCAAAUCCUAAAGACCAAAAACCUGCUCGUAAGUGA